GGAAUGGCUGCAAGGGGCGUUCACUCUGCUGUUUGCACUGGGAGAAGUGGGAACAUCCAAUGCCUCAGUAUUUGACACCAGUUAGGUGCCUUGGAUGGACCCAGACAGCAAGUCAGAUGUGUCUAUUUUUGACAUCCCGUGGCAGGAAGUUCUUUGUCGUCAUGUCCUAUCUCACUUGAACUUGCCCACACUCUUCUCCUUGCGACUGGUCAGUCAAAAAUUUUGCAGUUUGGUCGAUCUUCACUUCAGCCUUGUGUUCACCAUCAACACCAGUACAUAUGCCGACUGUUUCAGCAGUGCUGCUUUCACAGUGUUGACAAGUAGAAACAGUUUUUUGAAAAAAAUGAUUCUUUGCAAUUCAAAGGACUGGUUGUCUGAUGUUUCUCUUUUGCCUGUGAUACAGAAUAACCCAUUGUUAGACACGAUAGAUCUGGCCAACUGCCUCAGCAUUUCCAAUGCCAGUUUGUACACUAUAGGUGCAUAUUGUCAUAAGUUGCGGUGGCUUAGCCUUCGUGGUUGUGUGUGGGUUACAUCAGAUGGAAUGCUGCCAUUGAUAACUAAUCAGCAGCCCUUGGAGUAUGUAGACCUGAGUGGCUGUUGGAACCUUGAUGAUGAAGCUAUCAUACAGCUGGUGCAAUAUUGUAAUGGAAUCAGGUAUCUCAUGCUGAACAAUAUCUAUGGCCUUACGGACCGAUCUGUGCUGUCAGUGGCUCACCUUUGUCCUCAACUAUGGCAGCUGAGUGUCCAGGGAUGCUGGCGCCUGACUGACCACUCAAUACAAAUGUUAGGUGAACUUUGCCCUGAGCUUCGUGCCAUCCAAGUACAAGAAUGUCGUAACAUCACUGAAAUCAGUUUGGCACCUCUAAGGGCACGGAAAGUCCGCAUAGACAAACCUCCACCUCUAACAUCGGAAAUGCUACGGUUGGAAUAUAGAGAGAAUUUAAGACGUCUAAAUCUUCAGAUAUAGGCUGGUGCUUUCAUUGUUUCUUGUAAGACAAAGGAUGGGUGGGUUGGUGGGGGUUCUGUACAUGUAUGUGGAAUGUGUACUUGCAUGUGUCUGAAAAUAGUCUCCCUUGGUAACAAACUUGUGAAGGACAGAAGCACAUUACAGUGUCUGUCUUAAUGAUGAAAGAGAUGAUAAUUCUAUAUCAGAAGAUCUCAGUGUUGGAGAUGAUGCAUUUUAUGUUGUCAAUGACAGUGGCUUUAAUUCUAUUUGUGACAAGAGCUUAAUUUUAUCAUUAGCCGAAUGAUCAUGGCUUUGUCUGUUUUGAGUUAAAAAAAACCACUAAGAUGUUCGAUUCCUUUUUGUCAAAUGAUUUUUGCAUUAUAGCAAGUGUCAUUUAGCUUUGUCUUUAAAGCUUCACAAUUCUAUGACUGCUUACAAAAAUUGUUGUUACGGACAGAAGUGACCACUGGCUAAGGAAACUGGAAAAAAUUACUUCAUAUCAGGAAGCACUUAUUAUAAAUAAGUAUAUUAUUAUAAAUAUUGAUAGUGGCAAGACACAGUUUGAAAUCACGAUUAUAUAAACACUUGUGCUUGCAUUGAAGACAAAUUAUUUGAGAAAAUAUGCCAUUUGUUUACAGUUGAGCUUAGAGGGAUGUUUUCAGUAAAUGAGCUACACAUAAACAGUAUGGGAAUUUAACAGGAUGUAAGCAAAGAGACAAUUUCUGCCUGUUCUCUGGCAUAAAGCCACCAGUUUUAAUUUCUAGAACUCCAUCUACCUAUAUACAUCUACCGUGGUCUUCCAGUUUCUUUUUCCUGACAGCCUAGUGACUUUUUCCCACAGUCCCUAAACCUUCCCAAACCCAUUUCUUACUGAGUCUAUAUUUACUGCCAAAAAUGAAAGUACUGUCAUAGCUUCUGAUCGUUUAUGUUGGAAACAUCUAUGCAAGAUAAUUUUAUCUUGAAGUUUUCUAGGAAGAAAAAAAUGGAUACUGGGUAGGUUUUGCUUUUUAUGAAGCAAAUUUUCAAAACAUAAAAAUAUAGCUAUCUACUAUGGUUUUGUAGCUAAAAAGCUACUUAACAAUAAUAAAUGGUUUAUGAAAAGAUGUUUCAUUAUUUGAUUUUUCAGAAUUACAUUCUAUAGAAGGAAGUCAUGAAUAGUCUUCUACAACUCAAUUCUGUACUUGCUUUCUCACUCGCACGCAUGGAUAUGUAACCUCACCAAAAGAAAGUCUUUUCUUUUCCAGAUUCAGCCAAAUCCCUUAGUAUCCACAUGUCUACCCUUCAAAAUACCUCAAAUUAAUACUGACUUUGGAUGGAUUCUAAAGUGAUCAUUUUCCAUGGAUCUGCAGUCAUCACCAGACCUGCAUAAAUGAACCACUUUGAGGUCAAAUUUGUGACUGGGGUAAUGAAGUGAGAAAUGUAAUGUAAGCUGUGUCUAUGGUGCUGGUGAUGAAACCUUUCCUGACGUAGCUUCAGUCCAUCUAAAGUAGUGCAAUCCUGCUGGCCGGGUUUAUGCUCUGGCUACUUGGUUCUCAAUGCAGUUUAUACCUUAAGUUAACAAUUUUUGCAGUUGAUAUAGGUGUUUACAUAACAGGUCCUGCUCUCAAAAUACCACUCAUCCUCCCGUUUGCAUUCCUUCCACCAUGUAAAACUGUCUUUAAAGUACAGAAAUAAUUGAUGAUGUGUAUAUGUUUAUAUGUGUAAUAUACUCCUAAUGUUAUGUAGCUGAGCAUAGUUGUACUAGAGCUUUAAGUAGUGACAUUGGUGGAUAGCUUGUCACGUUUAAAACAAAAAAAUUCAGAAUAUUUUUUUAAAACAAGUGUGUAUAUAUAAUAAUUAAAAAACAGCGUAAAAGAAUCUGUGAUAGCUUGCCCUGACAGUUGAGUCUACCAAGAUUCACUUUUUUUCUCAACGUUUAUAGCUUAUUUGGUAUACAAUAAUCUACCACCUCUGAACUGUCACGCCUUUUAGAAUGUGAUUUUGGCACUUAGUGCAAUUACCUGAAAGUGUCACUGAAAAUUCUCCAUCUCAGCUACUGGAAUUUUUUUAUGUCAUUUUGUUUUUAUUUGUAGGUCAUGUAUCACAUUGUUAGAUCUCUGGUUUGUUGUCAGGACAGAUGAGCUUUUUCCUGUUAAUUGAUCAUUUUAUUUAACAAUACGCUGAUGAUAAACUGCCCCCAUCAGUAAUGACAUCGACAGAUUACCCUAUUGCUGUUAGCCAGAUACUUGCUGUGGCGGCAUGCCAACUUUUCUGAAUUGCUGCUUGUCGUAUUUUGCUGGUAUUUUUUUUUUUUUAAAAAACAACCACAAAUAUUUGCUUACAAACAAUGUUGGCAAUAAAUGGUUGUAUUUAUGUUUUUAUGCUGCUGGAUAUCAAAGUAUUUUUAUCUGUUCAUUUACGACUAAGCUGUACAGGAAUACGAAAUCAAAUUUACAGUGUUCAUUUCUAAUUUUACUACUUUUAAAUCAUAACCAUUCUCAUCUGGAAAAGGGAAAACAUUGUUGCAGCUUAAUGAAAGUAUGUCAGGCUGAUACCUAAAGAGUUUUUUUUUUUUUUCUCUUUAGCCAGUUCUGUUGUUAUCUUUGAGAAGGAAAAAAUAUAUCUAGUAAGACUGCUGGAACCUAGAGAUAUGUUGCUGUUUACGUACAAAGAAUAUUGUUUUCGUAAAAUAUUUUCUAGUGCUGGUUACAUUGUUUGCUGACAUUCAAAAUCUGGUUUUAAUUUUAUAAGCUGGUGUUUUCUGUUUAUUUGUUCCCAUGGCUAGAAAAAAAGGGGACUGCUUUAAAAAUUUGCUUGCUGCUGUUGUUUGAAUGCUGAUACAGCAUCAUAUAUGUCUGCUUUCAAUUGAGUCAAAUAUCACUGUUAACUGCUGUCUGAAAUAAAUUAUCCAUGUAUUAAUGGUUGGAUACUGUUGUCAUAUCUAAAUUUGUGAUAUGUAGACGCCAUGUACAGUCUGUGAAAACAAGGUUAAUAUAAAAUGUACAAGAAAAUAGUCUUUUAUUGUACCGUCCCAUAAAAUCAAGAAUAAAAUGUUGUUGAUCCUAA